CAUUCUCAUCUUCUCCAAACCUGUGGUAAGACACGGACUCAAAAAAAAUGGGACGCUCAAGUUUUUGUUGUUCCCUUGCGAUUUGUGCCAUCUUGGCCGUCCAUUUCUCACUAGCCUCAUCAUCAGCCCUUGAUUUCGGCGUGGACCUGGACCAUCAUCAGCUCGCCUGGGUUUCAACGAGAUCGGGAUGCAGUGGAUCGAUGGCAGAGUGCCUCAUAGCUGGGGAUGACGACCUGGAGAUGGCAAUGGACUCUGAGACCAACCGGCGCAUUUUAGCGGCGAGGCGUUAUAUUAGCUACGGUGCGCUGAGGAGGAACACUGUGCCUUGUUCACGCCGAGGUGCUUCUUACUACAAUUGCCGACCUGGGGCUCAGGCCAAUCCCUACUCUCGCGGUUGCAGUGCCAUUACUCGCUGCAGACGCUAACUUUGUUAUUAUUAUUAUUUUUUUAAUUUUUAUAUAUGUAUCUGCCUGAUUGAAGAUUGUGGUGUUAUAUACAUUAUUAUUAUUAAGAAAGAGAUUUGAAUAAGUAUCAAGAAAAUUUGAUGUUUUAUAUUGUAAUUUGCAAUUUUACUAUAUACCCAUUUAUUCAUUUAUCUUUUUUUA